AUAGGCAACAGAGGAAAACAUAGUUGAAUGGGCUUCAUCAACAUAAAAAACUUUGUGCAUCAAAGAACACUAUCAACAGAGUGAAAAGGCAACCCACAGAAUAAGAGAAAAAUUUUGCAAAUCGUAUCUCUGGUAAAGGAUUAUUAUUUCGAGUAUAUAAAGACCUCCUACAACUGGAAAACAAACAACCCAACUACAAAAGAGGGAAAACACUUGGGUAGACAUUUCUCCACAGAAGAUAUACACAUGGCCGGUUGACAUCUUAAGACUCCUGUUGCCUGAGAAGGAAGCCCUGAAGAGGAAGAAGAGGAGGCUCUUUCUCAGAUCACAAAUUUAUCUAUUCUGGUGGGAAUCAAGAUGGCGGAGUAGGAGGACGUGGGCUCACUCCCUCUUGCAAGAGCAGUGGAAUUACAACUUACUGCUGAACAAUCAUCCACAGAAAGAUACUGGAAUUCACCAAAAAAAAAAAAACCCCACAUCCAGAAACAAAGGAGAGGCCACAAUGAGACGGUUUAUAAAUCCAGCAAAAUAGUGCAAUUCAUAGAAACGAAGAAGAGAAUGGUGCUUGCCAGCGUCUGCGAGAAAGGAAAAAUGAAGAGUUGCUGUUCAAAAAGAAUACAUUUUCAGUUAUGCAAGGGACUGUUGACCUUCCAGGAUGUGGCCAUAGAUUUCUCUGCAGAGGAGUGGGACUGCCUGGACCUCAAGCAACGGGAAUUGUACAGGGAUGUGAUGUUAGAGAACUACAGGAACCUGGCCUCCUUGGGACUUCUUGACUCUAAGCCAGACCUGGUCACCUUAUUGGAGUACAUCAAAGAUCCCUGGGAUGUAAAGAACAUGGAGACAACAGCCCUACACCCUACAGCUGUGCCUUCUCAUGAAAUCCAGUGUUUGAUGUCCAAAAAGCCAGGCUUAGAAGACUUAUUCCGAAAAGUGAUGCUGGGAAAAUAUAAAAGAUGUAGCCUUGGAGAAUUAUACUUCACGGAAGACUGGGAAUCUACGAGGCCAUGUGAAGGGCAGAGAGGAUGUCAUUAUGGACAAAACCAAAUUGGGACAGUUUCCCAUAAUGCAAACAUGACAGGCAAAAGAAAUCAAGGCUAUGAAUCAAAUUGGGGAAAACACCCAUUUAAGUCAUUUACAUUUGUAGAGAAAUGUAUGUUUGUAAGCAAAGACCCACAUCAUUUUUUGAAACGUAUAAGUUCUCUGAAAGGAAAUUUGGAAAAUCUGGAAAGUUAUCUAGUCUCUACUGCAAAUCCUCGUUCAAACCUUUCUGAACAUUGGCUUCAGUUAAACAUGCAUUCAAACCUUUCUGAACAUGGGCUUCAGUUAAACAUGCAUUCAAACAUGCCUGAAAACCAGAAGUUUAAAAAUGAGGAAAAACAAUCCAAAUAUAAUCAAUUGCAAGGAUCCUUCAACAAGGGUUCCUUAUUCUUCAACCAACAGAUAUUUUCUCCUUGUUCCAUUUUCUGUAAUGUUGAUAAUAAUGGGGGAGACUUAAUCCAACCAUCAUUGUUCAGUACAUACCAUGGUGCAGUUCAUGUGGACCAACUUUUCAUGUGGAAUAAAAUGAGUAAGGCCUUAAGCAAGAGCUCUACCUUCAAUAAUUACAGCAGAAUUUCUAAAGGAGUGAGAAGCUAUUCAUGCAAUGAAACUGGGUGUGAUGUUGACCAAGACUCAAAGUUUAUGAAACAUCAACGACCUCAAUUUUCAGACAGUAAUACCCAAAGUAGUGAAUGUAGGAAUGUCUUUCAUCAAAGCUCAAAUCUUACUACACAUAAGAGUAUUCCUAUUGGAGAGGAGACAUAUAAUUGUAGUGAAUAUAGUAAACUUUUUAACCAAUCUUCAAAACUUACUCAACAUCAGAGUAUUCAAGUGAGGCAGAAACAUUAUAAGUGUAAUGAAUGUGGAAAAGUCUUUAGUACAUCAUCAUAUGUAUGUAGACAGAGACAAAUUCAUACUGGAAGGAAACCUUUCAAAUGUACAAAAUGUGGCAAAGCCUUUAUCCACAGUUCAAGCCUUAAUCAAUAUCAGCGAAUUCAUAAUGAAGAAAAGUCUUAUAAAUGUAGAGAAUGUGGCAAGGCCUUUAUGUGCCAUAAAAGCCUAACUCGACAUCAGCGAACUCAUACUCAGGAGAAACCUUACAAAUGUAAAGAAUGUGGCAGGGCCUUUGAUCACAACUCGGAUCUUACUCAACAUCAGCGAAUUCAUACUGGGGAGAAACCUUAUAAGUGUAGAGAAUGUGGGAAAGCCUUUAAUCGGAGCUCAAAUCUUAGUAGACAUCAGCGAGUUCAUAAUGAAGAAAAGUAUUAUAAAUGUAUAGAAUGUGGCAAAGCCUUUAACUGGCAUGCAAGCCUAACUCGACAUCAGCGAAUUCAUACUGGGGAGAAUCCUUACAAAUGUAUAGAAUGUGGCAAAGCCUUUAAUCACAAGUCAGAUCUUACUAAACAUCAGCGAAUUCAUACUGGGGAGAAACCUUAUAAAUGUAGAGAAUGUGGGAAAGCCUUUAAUCAGAGCUCAAAUCUUAGUACACAUCAGCGAAUUCAUAAUGCAGAAAAGUCUUAUAAAUGUAUAGAAUGUGGCAAAGCCUUUAACAGUUGCUCAACUCUUACUCGACAUCUGAUUGUUCAUGGUACAGAAAAACCUUAUAAAUGUAUAGAGUGUGGGAAAGGCUUUAAGCAGAGCUGUCACCUCACUCGACAUCAGAGAGUACAUACUGGAAAGAAACAUUACAAGUGUAACAAAUGUGGAAAAGUCUUUACUAUAUCAUCACAUCUAAGUAGACACAGACAAAUUCAUACUAGAAGGAAACCUUUCAAAUGUACAGAAUGUGGUAAAGCCUUUAAUCAGAGAUCACAUCUUACUCUUCAUCAGCGAAUCCAUACUGGAGAGAAGCGUUGUAAAGGUACAGAGUGUGGGAAAGCCUUUAAGCAGCACUCAGGUCUUACUCAACAUCAGCUAAUUCAUACUGAAGAAAAGUCUUAUAAAUGUAUAGAAUGUGGCAAGGCCUUUAUUCGUAGCUCAAAACUUACUAAACAUCAGCGAAUCCACACUGGGGAGAAACCAUACGAGUGUAAAGAAUGUGGCAAAGCCUUUACACAAAACUCAAUUCUUACUGAACAUCAGCGAAUUCAUACUGGGGAGAAACCAUACAAGUGUAAGGAAUGUGGCAAGGCCUUUACUCAAAACUCAAGUCUUACUAAACAUCAGCGAAUUCAUACUGGGGAGAAACCAUACAAAUGUAAAGAAUGUGGUAAAGCCUUUACUCAUAGCUCAAAACUUACUGAACAUCAGCGAAUUCAUACUGGGGAGAAACCAUACAAGUGUAAGGAAUGUGGCAAAGUCUUUACUCACAGCUCAGAUCGUACUAAACAUCAGCGAAUUCAUACUGGGGAGAAACCUUACAAAUGUAUAGAAUGUGGCAAGGCCUUUAUUCGUAGCUCAAAACUUACUGAACAUCAGCGAAUCCAUACUGGGGAGAAACCAUACAAAUGUAAGCAGUGUGGCAAGGCCUUUACUCAGAACUCAGGUCUUACUAAACAUCAGCGAAUUCAUACUGGAGAGAAACCAUACAAAUGUGAAGAAUGUGGCAAAGCCUUUACUCAUAGCUCAAAACUUACUCAUCAUCAGCGAAUUCAUACUGGGGAGAAACCGUACAAAUGUAAAGAAUGUGGCAAAGCCUUUAAUCAUAGCUCAAAACUCAUUUAUCAUCAGCGAAUUCAUACUGGGGAGAAACCGUACAAAUGCAUGGAAUGUGGCAAGGCCUUUAUUCGUAGCUCAAAACUUACUGAACAUCAGCGAAUCCAUACUGGGGAGAAACCAUACAAAUGUAAGGAAUGCGGCAAGGCCUUUACUCAAAAGUCAGGUCUUAAUAAACAUGAGAGAAUUCAUAUUGGGGAGAAACCAUACAAAUGUAAGGAAUGUGGCAAAGCCUUUAAUCAUAGCUCAAAACUUACUGAACAUCAGAGAAUUCAUACUGGAGAGAAACCAUACACAUGUAAAGAAUGUGGCAAAGCCUUUAAUCAUAGCUCAAAACUUACUCAUCAUCAGCGAAUUCAUACUGGGGAGCAACCAUACACAUGUAAAGAAUGUGGCAAAGUCUUUACUAAUAGCUCAGAUCGUACUAAGCAUCAGCGAAUUCAUACCGGGGAGAGACCUUAUAAGUGUAGAGAAUGUGGGAAAGCCUUUAAGCUGAGCUCAAACCUUAGUACACAUCAGCGAAUUCAUAGUGAAGAAAAGCAUUAUAAAUGUAUAGAAUGUGGCAAGGCCUUUAACUGGCUUACAAGCCUAACUCUGCAUCAGCGAAUUCAUACUGGGGAGAAACCUUACAAAUGUGUAGAAUGUGGCAAAGCCUUUAUUCGUAAGUCAAGACUUACUGAACAUCAGCGAAUCCAUACUAGAGAGAAACCUUAUAAAUGUAGAGAAUGUGGCAAAGCCUUUAAUCAGAGCUCACACCUUACUAAACAUCAGAGAAUUCAUACUGGGGAGAGACCUUAUAAAUGUAGAGAAUGUGGGAAAACCUUUACUCAGAGCUCAAGUCUUAGUAAACAUGAGCGAAUUCAUAAGGCUGAAAAGUCUUAUAAAUGUACAGAAUGUGGCAAGGCCUUUAAGUGGCGUGAAAGCCUAACUCUGCAUCAGCGAGCUCAUACUGGGGAGAAACCGUACAAAUGUGUAGAAUGUGGCAAGGCAUUUUAUCAGAAGUCAGAUCUUCUUAAACAUCAGCGAACUCAUACUGGGGAGAAACCAUACAAAUGUAAAGAAUGUGGCAAAGCCUUUAACAGUUGCUCAACUCUUACUCGAUGUCCGAUGAUUCAUGGUGCAGAGAAACCUUCUAAAUGUACAGAGUGUUGGAAAGGCUUUAAGAACUCUCACCUCACUCAACAUCAGAGAGUACAUGCUGGAAAUAAAGCUUACAAAUGUAAUAAGUGAUGAAAGAGGUUUGUCUGAAAUAUCCACUGUAAAAAACGCCAGAGUACGUAAGUAAAGGUAUUUGAAUGAUGUAUACAAUGUAGAAAGGUAUUUAAUCAAAAAUGAUAAGAGAAGGCACACUAGAAAUCAUUCAGUCAAUACCUAUUUUCUCUGAUCAGUGUCAAUGAGAAUACGACAGGAAGUCAUCAAUAGUUAUAACAAGUGGAAAAUUGACAUGGUGGUGGGGAUCCCAAGAUGAAGGGAUGGAUGUUUGUACAGGUACAGUGAUUAUCAUUCUAUCCUUGUUUAUAUUGACAUGAUUUGAGAUUAUUUGAAAACCAAAAUGAAUGUAAUUAAACUCACAGAUUACCACAAGCUGUGCUUUGUGUCUAGUGUGUGUGAACUGAUGUUUAUGAUUGUUGCCGCCUCAAAGGAGGGAGAAGCCCUUCUAUACGAGGUGGGAAUAAUUUAUACUAGCUUUCCAUUAGACCAGCGGUCCCCAACCUUUUUCCCACCAAGGGCCAGAUUUGUGGAGGAUGAUUUUUCCAUGGCCGUGGUGUGGGGAGGGCAGUUCAGGAAGUAAUGGGAGUGAUGGGGAGUCGGAGAUGAAGCUUCUCUUACUGGCCAGAAACUCACCUACUGUGUGGUAACCAUCCGUGGCCCAGGGGUUGGGGACCCCUGCAUUAGAAGAUUAAGGACACCAUAAUGUAGAAUGUACAGUUAGUUUCCUUACUGGCCUUAAACCUGAAAUAAUGCCAUGUAAUUUCCAUAUUUCUCUCUUGUAUCUUUCCCCCUUUCUGUAACUACUGGAACACUGUGGUGGUCAU